AUGCCCCACGCAGCCAACUCUCUUUCUCUCAACCGCCACCUCUGCCUGCCUCACCAAUUUUCCUUUCCGCCUGCCCACCUGCCCACCUGCCCGCUGGCUCCUUGCUCGUGUGCGGUGCAGCUUCUAUUCGAUGUGCCCGAGACUCUCCCCGACGCGGUCCUGGCGAAGAUGGGCGCGCCGAGCAAGCCGCUGGACAUCCCCGAGAUCACGCCCAAGGCGCUCUUCGAGGCGGACGCCAUUAUCUUCGGCUUCCCCACGCGCUUCGGCAUGAUGUGCGCGCAGAUGAAGCAGUUCCUCGACGCCACGGGCAGCCUGUGGCGCUCGCAGGCGCUGUCGGGCAAGCCUGCGGGGUUCUUUUUCAGCACGGGCACGCAGGGCGGAGGGCAGGAGACCACUGCGCUAACGGCCAUCAGCCAGCUGGCGCACCACGGCAUGAUGUACGUGCCGGUGGGGUACACGUACCAGGGCCUCUUCAACCCCGAGGUGCACGGGGGCUCGCCCUACGGCGCCGGCACGUAUGUGGCGGACGGCAGCCGCAACCCCAGUGAGCUGGAGCUGGAAAUGGCGGCGCACCAGGGCCGGCUGACUGCCAUUGUGGGUGCUAAGCUCAAGAAGGGAUCGCUGGCUGAGGAAGCGAACGAGGGGAACUGA